AUGGGGAAAAUUUCGAGUAUUCUCAUCGUUGGCGCUGGCCCAUCAGGCUUGACCUUGGCUUUGCUGUUGGCGAAGCAAGGAAUCAAGACUACCGUGGUAGACAUGGCACCACACCUCAAUUCUGCGCCACGAGCCACGCAUUAUUCCUGGCCCGCUGUUUAUGAGCUGGGUAGAGCCGGUGUUCUAGAAGAGGUUAUUCGCGAGGGUUUCGUCAAUGACAGGCCCGUGUCUUGGAGAACGCUAGAUGGGACCCUCUUGGCUCAGGUGGAUAUUGAAUCCAUCCCUAGGGACAAGCGGAUGGUGUGCCUGCCGCUCAACCACCUUACGUCGAUACUUGAGGCGCACCUCUCUAAAGAGCCCAGUGCCACUGUCCUGUAUAGCCAUAAAGUCUUGGGAGUCGGACAAGAUACUUCCCAGGCCUGGGUUGAAGUGGAGACACCCACUGGGAUUCAAGUGUUGAAGGCUGAUUACGUGGUGGGAUGCGAUGGAGCCAACAGCCAGAUUCGUCGAUCUUUGUUUGGAGAUACCGAUUUCCCUGGCAGAACAUGGGACGAGCAACUUGUUGCCACAAAUGCAUACUACGACAUGACGAAAUCGGGAUGGAAGGAUGACUCUGCCUUCAUCGUCGACCCUGAGCACUGGGGAAUGAUAGCCAAGAUCCGACCCGACGGGUUGCUACGAAUUUCCUAUGGUGAAGUCCCUGGCUUGAGUAAUGAGGAGUAUAUUGCCAGGCAACCACAAAAGUUCAAAGCCAUUCUCCCGGGGAAUCCCGAUCCAGACAGCUUCCGUGUCGUCAGCAUCAGCCCUUACAAAAUUCACCAGCGAUUGGCAAGAAGUUUACGAGUGGGGAAGAUCCUACUGGCGGCUGAUGCAGCACACUUGUGCAACCCUUUCGGAGGCCUGGGCUUGACCGGAGGUCUCGUUGACGUUGGGAAUCUGUACGAUUGCUUCGUAGGUAUUCAUCAAGAGCUCGCAGACGACACCAUCCUCGACCGUUACAGCGAAGUUAGACUACAAAAGUAUCUGGACAUUAUCGAUCCCGUCUCCAGCGAGAAUCUCCGACGGUUGACGCAGGACGCCGAGGCUGCUGGCAAGGACCCUCUGUUCCAGAAACUUCGAGAUGCCAAGUCUGAUCCGUCCCUCAGUGCGAAGUUGAACGAGGGUCUUUGGAGUAUUAUGCACGACUUCCGCAAAGAGUACAAGACUCCAGCUACUGUGGGACGCACUGGUUGA